GACCGUCUGUUUUUUAGAGUAAAACACCACGUAAAGCUACUUAUCGAGGCAACAAUUUCAACAAUAAAGGGUACUUCAGAAGAAGGAAAAUCAAAAUUUUAAUCGUUUGAUCGAAUAGUAAAUAUUUUGACAAAAAUAUCAAUAAUACAUGUUUAUUAUUCUGUAAAUAAUUAUGGGUAAAAUUCAUUUUAAUACGUCUGUACCUGAUUCGGAUCAAAUAACAAAUGGCAAAAAUGUGGAAGGUGAUGGGGGACCAUUAAAAGUGUCCGCAAAUUCAGCAAGGAAAGCGAAAAAUCAUUUGCAACGUGUCGUUUCAAUGUUUUAUUGCUUUCUAAUAUUUGCUAUUGGUUUAUCUAUUACACUUUACAAUACCGGAGAAAAAGAAGCUGAAACUGAAAAUUCAUUUGUUUCAUUUUAUACCAUAAUGUUUGUCAGUUCUAUCAUUGUUAUGAUUUUUACACUGGGCUACGUGUAUCGACAUCGCAAUGCUAGUUUGGAAGCAAUCGAAAAAGGGGAGUUAUCAGCUCCUAGAAUAGCCUUCUCAUUUCGUGGAGAAGAUGUAAACUUGUAUCUGCGUUUCGGAAUUGGAUUGUUUGCAGCCAUGUCCAUCGUACAUUCAGCUACAAGAUGUUACGAAAUUGCAAAGAAAUAUCCGUUACAUUCGGCUUCUAUUAUUUACAUAUUUUUCAAAAUUCUGUUCUUUAUCACUCAGACCGUAUUUUUGCUACUUUUACAUCGUAUAGUAAUUCUUGUGAGAAUACGCAUCUUCAGUUUUAUACUACUACACAUUCUAACAGUGAAUCUGUGCAUCUGGUCAGAUGCUGUUAUUAAAAAAAUAUCUAAGAGUAUUGGAACUUUGGCAGUUCUGAAUGUAACUGUCGUACAUAAAAAGUAUGAAUUAGCGGCAACAAAUUAUUUUCUUCCUGCAGUACCAGAAUAUUGUGCGAUUGCUGUGGCUGUAGUUUACGAAUUGUUACAUCGUGUUGGGCAGUUGAAGCAAAUCGAAUGUCAACAUGAAAAAAAGGAAGAACAUCGUGUGAAAUGUGUUGAUCGUGGUUCCAUUGGCAUCAUUAUUGGAACAGUUAUAAUUUGUAUUGUUAUGGGAGUUGUAAUGUUAUUGGAGAUUUGGGGGAAAAAAAUCCAUAAUUAUGUGUAUAUCGUUCAUUCAACUGAAACAAGCAUACUCUUUAUUAUUGCAUUGAUAUUUUGUGUUAUUGGUAUAUGGAAUACAAGAAAAUUGAAAUUCUCAGUGAAUUUUUCAAAUCAAAAUUUGGAUAGCAAAUUAUUAAUAGUAACAUUUUUUAUAACUGUCACAUUUUUAGUGGCAUGUAUUCUCCUCAAUAUCGCAUUUUUAUUGGGUAAUGGUUUCAAUAAUAAUGAACAACAAUGUCUUAAAUUACAUUUAUUCUCAGCACUUUUAGAGUUAAUACAAGUUACAGUGCAGAAUUUUUUCAUAAAUGAUUUAUUCUAUAGAUGUUGUCACGACGCAUCAUAUCAACAGCGUAAACCAGGCCGUGCAAUGAUUGCAUUAUUAUCAGCCAUAAAUUUUUCUUUAUGGACAAUUUAUAGCUUUCAGGCAAAACAUAACAAUAUACUACUCAGUGUGAAUAAAAACUAUGUGCAAACAAGUGAACUUCAAAGUCUGUUCAUCUACAUAAAUGUAGCCCUACCAAUGGUUAUGUUAUAUCGUUAUCACAGUAGUGUAUGCUUAGCAAUUGAAUAUAUUCGUGUAUAUGAAGACGAAAUAACACGAUAUGAAAGUAUGUUACGUGGAGUACCACAUACUAAAUUACUACCAUUUGGUUCUAAAUGGGAGGUAAUUGAAUCGCAACACCCAAAUUACUCUUUACCAGCUAAUUUACUGACAGUACCUAGAACCAGAGCUUUAUCAGAACCUGUAGUGACAUUGAAUCCAAGUGCUUUUUUAAAAGAAGUUCAUACACUGGAUAAAAGCAACAGUACAAUUCAUGGAAAUCAUCAAAAUAUUUCAAGUCUAAAUGAACAAGAAGAAAAACAACAAACUAUAAAAUCAAAUAAAUUGGAACAAUCAAAGUCGCAAAAGUAUACCAAUCAAAAUAAAAGACGUACAACACAUAUCAGUAUGGAAUUAGCACAAUAUCGUGUAAAUGCAAGUGAAAUGGAGCAUCGUCUGGCUGAAAUGAAAUUAAAAAAAUAUAAACGUGGUAAAGACGAUCACUCAAUAAAUGAGAAAUUAACACUUAAUAGAUUUAAUCCACAUAAAGAAGCAGAGCCAACAAUGUCAACUUCGUUAUCCGACAGCGCAUUAUCUACAGUACGUACCACGGAUACGAUUAAUGAAGAUGAUGAUGAAGAUGAUGUUACUGGUGGUAUGGAAUGUGACGAUUAUGAACGACAGAAUCCAUCACCUGAAUCAUGUUAUUAUACUAAAACAGGGGAUAGUAGUUCAGCUACAUAUCUUACACAAAGUCAAUUAUAAUUUUGAAACAAAAACAAUUUCUAAAAUUAAAUGUAAAGACAUCAUUCAAUAUAAUUCCAUACGUCUAUGAGUGCAUAUUUUAAAAAAAUAAUUUCGAAUUUGUUUACUUAAAAAAAACGAAAAAUUAAUUUUCUGUGAUAAUUUAUUGAUUGAUAUUAAAAAGCUUUAUUGAUUUUGUUGUUGUUGAUGAUGAUGAUGAUGAUGAUUUACUGUUCAUGAUAAAUUUAUUAUAUUGAAAUACUUUUUGUUGAAUAUUGUUUUGAUUCUAUUUUUUACACUUUCAUUAUUUUUCUCCUUCAACCUUAAACUACAACCACCAUUCAACAAUAUCGACAACAAUUUAAUUUAGACAAAUAAAAUUGUCUUUUGUUAUCUACUUUAAUAUUUUAAUGAAACACUUUAUGUGUAAAUCACAAUGAUUAAUUAAGCAACUAUACCGUACAACUAGAUAGCAAUAAGAAUAUUAAGUUUUCAACAAAAAUUCACAAAAAUGACCCUUGUGUUUCCCUUACUCUUAUUUACUCUCACCAAACUUGGCUUUUUUUCUGAAAUUCAUAACAUUAAACACGUAGACCAAAUCAAAUUCCGAUCACAUCUUUUUAUUUUGAAUUUGAAUUGCAAUAUUAUUGUACUAAUGAUGAUUUUUGUGUUUAUGAUUUGUUAGUGUUUUCUUAUUAAAACAAUAUUAAUAAUUUCAUGUUUU